AUGCAGCAAAAUUUAGAAACAUUUGAACAAACAUUCAAUGCAGCUCGUAUAUUUGAAUCAGUCCUUAUUCAAGUGGAAUGGGUAUCAAGUAUACUCAUUAAUCGUAUAGGUUCUCGUCUUUGGUCUGUAAAAGUUGAAGAACAAAUAUGGCGUCGUCAUGAAAAUCAAAUUAGACAGCGGUACUGGUCUACUGAUGACGAUCUUAUAGUUACGCAUCAAUCAACUGAAUCCGCUGAUUGUGACGACGAUUCAUCAUCAUUUUCUCCAUCUGAUCAAGAGUCGAAAGUUUUACGACGUUCAUCACGUAGUAGAAAACCAGUACAUUGUUUGAUCGAACAAAUUUAA